GCUUCAUGUAAUAUAUUGAAAGAUAAGACUUCUCGAGCGAGGAAGAAAGUCGCAUCACGUUUUCCUGGAGUUCCACUCGUUUGCUUUGAACAUUGUUUUAUUAGGGGUGCAAACCAUCUCAUAGCUUUAACGGCUCCAUCCAAUGUAUCAGCCGACCUGCGCCGAGGCUCCCACGUCGACACAAAUUAAACAUUCCUAUCGGCGGUCAAACUCGCGUCUUCCUCGUCGCUCUCGGCUUCCCGUUGCAGAAAGGGCGAGCCAAGUAUGGACUUGGAAUCCUACUGCUCAAUAUGCCUUCAUAUACAUAAAGGCGAGGUCGACUACUGAUCAAAGUGCCUCGAUUAGGGUAAGACGGGAGCUUCCUUGUGGUGAUAGAUUCUGUAGCCAAGAGGAUGAUGAGAAGUCAGUAGCCAUGGGAACUGGAAUUCGAGAUCUGCGAGGAGCGAUGAACGGGUUCAAGCAUGACCAGCUCUUCCCUGGUCCAAUCACUGCCGAUGGUCUCAAACUCAAAGGGCUGCCGCCACCGACGACCGCCGCCUACCUGGAUGGCUUCAUCGAUAUGCAAGAUGGUCCUUUUCUUCAGGCCCCUUCUGAUUCUGCCUUGAAUGCGAGUGCUCCGCGUUCGUUCAAGGAUGAUCUCUUUACCGAGGAGGACGCCUUGAACAGCUUAGAUUUGGGAGGACAGCAGCAAUCGUCGAACCACCGGAGUAGCCGGCUCGACCUCCCAGAUGACCAUCCUGGUCUCCCGCCCUCGGUCUGCACUCCAAACGCCAACGUUUCGCCAGUGACCGAGACAGGUACCCUGGACGACUCUGAGAUCUUCUCUGAUAUCGGUCUCAACUACAUUAGUCAGAUGCUCAUGGAGGAGAACACCGAUGAUAAGUUUGAUGUCUAUCUAGAGAACCCAGCCCUCUUUGAUCCAGAGGAUACCUUCCUUGAGAUCUUACGUGAGAACUUGACAGCUUCACCUGGUCAACCACCAUUAUGUUCCAGCCAUUUCUCUGACAGCCCGGAUGGUGACCACCAUGGGAGCUCCGGUAGCAGCACGGUCAUGGACAACAGCCACUCGUAUGAUGCCCCAGAGACUCGUCCUGUCCCUAUCGAUGACUCCCCGCAGUCUUCGUUUUCCUUCGUGAAUAGCUUCGGUGAUAUCUUAGAAGGGGUGGAGGAAUCUCUUCUGAGCACUCUUGUAGCUCCUGAUCUGCCUGCCGACAGCCAACCCGCGUGGCAAUUCCAGGGAGGGAUUGAGGAGGCACAUAAAUUCCUUCCGAGCAAUGAUAAGUUGGCGAUCAACUUAGAAGCCAAUAAUUUCUACCUACCACAAGUGCCAAAUGAGGGGACGAGACUGGUCGAGGUCAACGCAGAGGGUGGAGUCAGUGAACAUGCAGUUCAUCCGUCGAGAGGUCGGAAAAACCGGCAUGGCGAGGAUCUGGAUUUGGAGGAGGGAAGGAGCAUCAAACAAUCUGCUGUCUUCUCCGGGGAGACCGGUCGCACCAAAUUGUUUGAUGAGGUUUUCCUGUGCAGCGGGGGGAGUUGCACCAAGGCCGUUGACAAAUUCCGAGAAAGAUCGCAGAACGAAGCAAGUAAAGUCUCUCACGGCAGUCGUUCCAAAGGCAGGAAGGGUCGAGGGAAGAAGCAACCGAAGAGGGAGGUGGUGGAUCUAAGUACUCUCCUGACCCAUUGCGCUCAUGCCGUGGCCGCAGAUGAUCAUCGAAGCGCAAAUGAGUUGCUGAAGCAGAUCAGACAGCACUCCUCGCCUUUUGGAGACGCAAACCAGAGGUUGGCUCAUUGGUUCGCCGACGGCCUGCAGGCUCGCCUCGCCGGUACAGGGAGCCAGAUCUACCAUUCCUUGACGGCAAAACGGAUUCCCGUCACCGACGUCCUGAAAGCUUACCAGCUUUACAUGGCUGUCUGUCCUUUCAGGAAGGUCUCCCAUUUCUUUGCGACGCAGACCAUCCUCAAUGUGGCAGAGAAGGCAACGAGGUUGCACAUCAUAGAUUUCGGCAUGUACUACGGAUUCCAGUGGCCAUGUUUCCUGCAACGCCUCUCUUCUCGGCCUGAUGGCCCUCCGAAGGUUCGGAUGACCGGCAUCGACGUCCCCAGGCAUGGAUUCCGCCCGACCGAGCUGAUCGACGAAACGGGGCGUCGCUUAGCCGAUUACGCAUCCAGCUUCCGCAUCCCUUUCGAGUUCCGCUCGAUUGCAGCGGCCAAGUGGGAUGACAUCCGAGUGGAGGACCUCGACCUUCGUGACGACGAGGUGGUCGUCGUCAACUGUUUGUACCGGUUCAAGAACCUGUUGGACGAGACGGUGGUGGUGGAUAACCCGAGGGACAAGGUGUUGAACACCAUAAGAAAGAUCAACCCGGAUGUGUUCGUUCACGGUGUCGUCAAUGGCACGUACAGCGCUCCGUUCUUCGUCAUCCGCUUCAGGGAAGCUUUGUUCCACUAUUCUUCCUUGUUCGACAUGAUCGGGACGAAUGCGCCACAGGAGGAUGAAUCGAGGCAGCUGAUCGAGAAGGUCCUCUUCGGCCGAGAGGCGCUCAACGUCCUUGCCUGCGAGGGCACGGAGAGGUUGGAGAGGCCGGAGACUUACAAGCAGUGGCAUGUGAGGAACCUGAGGGCGGGGUUCGUGCAGCUUCCAUUGAACCGCGACAUCGUGAAGAAUGCGACGGAUAAGAUGAAGUCCUGCUACCACAAGGACUUCGUCGUGGACGAAGACAAGCGGUGGCUGCUGCAAGGGUGGAAAGGGCGUAUCGUUUAUGCCUUAUCGACAUGGAAAUCCAAUAGUUCCUACUAGAUUUGCUUCUAAUUCUUUGCGUCUUUGUAGCAUACGACGUGAAUGAAGUUUCAUUUUGCAUC